AUGUCGCUACUCGGAAAGCCGAUGAAGCAAUACUCUUGGCUUCCAUGGUCCAUUCGUAACAUCUAUGACUGGCUCCAUUACUCUGAGCCCACCUGGGGCUACACAAUCUACCGGACGACCUACACUCCCCAAUCCAAUGCCGCUUUCCCGCGUAUGGUCGACCUCACCACGAAGUACAUGAAGAACGGAUUCUACGGUGAAUACGAAUCUUCCCUUCGCGAAAGAUCCUAUGCAAAUGAGUUCAACAUCACUCCCUGGGAUGAAAUGUGGCUCAAUUACCAGCCACGGGUCAUUGAAGAUGCUUCCCAGUUCGACGGAGCAUCGAUCAAGAAGCUCCGCGAGCAUUUCAGGGCUGACGCAAUUGAGCGUGGUGUUCUCGAUGUAUUUCCUGGGUAUCGCAUGUUUAUUCUCAUUGACGAAGAAAGUUUUCAAACGUUACAAAACGCUCCCCUUCCAGAGAGCUCAAAAUACGACGAGGAGAGACGUCCAAUUAUGUGA